UAUCGGAGAAGAAAUGGGUGACGAACAACACACGGCACUUGCCACCUCUGCUUCACAGAAGCGAAACAAGUAUUAUCGUGUGUAAAUUCAUCAACUCCCCAACCGAUUUAAUCUGCACCGAGUAUGCCAAUCAAACGGCAAUGCUGCCCGUUUUCCGUACGACAAGUUGGCGCCCACGGAACUUCCGCCGCUCACCCCGCCCCCAGAGGGGAGUCUGCGGUACGGCCGCAUCUGCUCGUCGCCACGCCCACCCGGGGGGCGGUGCCAGUCCCCGCCACCACCGGAGGUGGAGGCUUUGAUUGGCUCGCACGGACUGUCCAUCGGCGUUGCCGGGUGGUGCCCAGUGUGUCAGGGAGAGGAGUGUGCACAAUGGAUGCAGCUACUCUAACAUACGAUACCUUGAGGUUUGGCGAUUUUGAAGACUUUCCGGAAACAAAAGAGCCAGUUUGGAUUUUAGGAACCAAGUAUAGUGCACUCACAGAUAAAGACGAGAUCUUUGCAGACGUCACUUCACGACUCUGGUUUACCUACAGGAAGAAUUUCUCUCCUAUUGGAGGCACGGGGCCCACCUCCGAUAAUGGUUGGGGCUGCAUGUUGCGAUGUGGACAGAUGAUCUUGGCUCAGGCUCUCAUCUGCAGACAUUUAGGUCGAGACUGGAGGUGGGAAAAUGGGAAACAGCAAAGGGAUGAAUAUUACAAUGUAUUGAAUGCAUUUCUUGACAAAAAGGACAGCUACUACUCUAUUCAUCAAAUAGCUCAAAUGGGAGUCGGAGAAGGGAAGUCAAUUGGUCAGUGGUAUGGUCCAAACACAGCAGCACAAGUAUUGAAGAAGCUGACAUUUUUUGACAACUGGAGCUCAUUAGCAGUUCAUGUGGCGAUGGAUAACACUGUAAUAAUCGACAACAUCAAGAUGCUGUGCCAGUCUGAAAAUGCGUAUGGAGGGGCAGCAGCAGCAUUCCCUCAAGCCGAUGGCCCAAGACCAUUCAAUGGGUAUCCAUCAGGUGCAAACUCCUCAGAAGAUGCAUUGUUGUGGAAACCAUUAGUAUUGCUAAUACCCCUGAGGCUGGGACUCAGUGAGAUCAAUGAAUCGUACAUCAAAACACUAAAGAAAUGCUUUAUGUUGCCACAAUCUCUAGGAGUCAUUGGUGGAAAGCCAAACAGUGCCCAUUAUUUCAUCGGCUACGUAGAAGAUGAACUGAUCUAUCUUGACCCACACACAACACAGCCUGCAGUGGAGCCGUUUGAUGACUUCUCUAUACCAGACGAGAGUUUUCACUGUCAGCACCCUCCCUGUAGAAUGAACAUCUGUGACCUCGAUCCUUCCAUUGCAGUGGGGUUUUUCUGCAGCACCGAGGAGGAUUUUAACGACUGGUGUCAAAGAAUGAAAAUGAUUUCACAAGAGAAAGAUGCCCUACCAAUGUUUGAGCUGAUGGAUCACCAGAACACUCGCUUCCCUGAUGUCCACUGUCUUACUCCUGACUUUACAGAUUCUGAAAGGCUGGAACGAUUCUUUGAUUCUGAAGAUGAAGACUUUGAGAUCCUCUCAUUAUAAAAUAGGAAUUCACCUUUGAGAGCAAAGUGUUGGUGAUUCUUACGCUGCCAAUAUUUUGAAGGAGCAGUAAAUUGGCACAGGUUUCAUGAAUUCACAUCAUCGUCAGUGCACUGGGAUCCUCGGACGGUGCGUACUGUACUGGUCCCCGCUGAGAAGAAAUAUUCCUCAUCUGUGAGCUAGCUCAGAUCACCCUCCAGACUAUUUGAUGAUUAAAUGCAAACCUGCCUCUCUGCUUUACCAGCACAUCACACUUACCAUGUACUUCAACAUUUUUUUGUUGUACUUUAGCAGCAUAUUCGGAGGACGUAAUUUGAAAGCUCCUGGGGUUUUAUCCAGCAGCUUGUUCUUCAGCAGUCCUGCAGCAACAGAAUGGCAUCCUGUUGGAUUUAAGGCAGCAGCAUAAAAUAAAAAGUUGCAAGAUUGCAGACAGCUUGGAUUCUCUGUCACAUCAAGAACCUGUAUUAAACCAUCUCCUUCCAAACUGAAUCAGAUCAGCAGUUUGCUUAGGUUAAAUGUUGUGCAGAAAGAAUUGUGGUACAGAUAUUCAAGUGUUUCUUGUUAAAGGAGUGUGUUUGAUCACAUUCUGUAUACUGGAGAGAUUUUGUUUUCUCUUAGAAAGACAGGACCAACUACCUUUGUUACCUUCAGCCCUAUUAGUGGGUUUGAAAUGCAUUGACAUGGUUAUGUUUGGUGAGAAGGAAAAGUUGUGCUGUACAAUGGUAUUGUUUGUGCUCAGUUUUUGGAUUUUUGGGCAGGUUUCAUAGGCACAAGGAGCAGCUUAGUGAUGACCUCACUGAUCCGAGUAUCAGUUUUAGAUCUGAAUUUGGGGACCACAUGACUCGUAUAAGUCCUUCAAAGGAAUUACUUAAGUUUGGUACCAGCUAUGGCUUUGGAUAACGCACUUGCCUGAGAGAAACUUGUAGAUUGAAGCCCCAUUCUAGACACUUGAGCACAAAAAGACCAGGCUCACAUUCCAGCAGAGAAUAUACAUUGUUUGAGGUACCACCUCUGGAAUGAGAUGUUAAGUGGAGGCCCUGCCUGCCAUCACACAUUGGAUCUAAGUGAUCUCGCUGCAUCAUUUAACAAGAGCAGGGAUAUUAUCCCGUGUUUUGGUCAAUAUUUAUUCCGUAACCAACAUCACUAAAAUGGGUAAUCUGAUCAUGAUCAAACUCCAUUUGUUGGACCCUUGCUGUAUGCAGAUUGGCUCCAGUAUUUAUCCAUAUUAAAAGAGAGCCCACACUUCAUUGACUGACAAGUGCUUUGGGACAUCCCAAAGUCAUAAAGAUGCUGUAUAAAUUUAAGUAUUUUAAUCAGCAGCUUGAGGUAUAGAUGUGUUUAAUAUAAACCACCUGGGCUGCCCUAAGAUAACGGGGGUUAAUGAUGCUGCUGACAGAGAGGCCCAGUUUAACAUCUCACCCCAUGUACACCAUCUGGCUUUAGUUUAACCACUUCCUGCCAGUGCAUCUUUGUUGAGGGUAGUGGAGGGACUGGGGGCAGGAGAACUGGAGGAAACUGAAGACCAACAUCUCAAUUUCAUUAAAGGUGAGAUUGCUUGCUGCUGAAUAGUAGGCACAGUAAAGCAUUAUAGUUUAUAGAAGUAGGUCUGCACUAAACCCAAGAAAUAUCAAUUAACCACUUCAUAUAAUUAACACAAGGUGAGCUUUUUAAUUGUAUGAAGUAUAUUUGCUGUUAUUGACAUCUUUUAUUAAUACUGUUUUAAUAACUCAAUGUGCAAAAGCAAUCAAACAAUAUGUGUAUCGGGUUGCAAUGAAGAAGGACAACGUUGACAAAGUGGUGGAUCAUUGACAACUUGAGGCAAGUUCUUCAAGCAGUUCUGAGCUACUGACCUUUGUUGAAAAUAGGCUGAUGCUUGGAAAGUCAUAUAAGUGGAGUCCUAUGGUUUUGUUUAGGAUGAUGGCAACAUCUGUUUUAGUAUAGGAGAUGGUUAGGACCUUGUUCUUCAGUGAAAGGGAUGGUACAUCGAGUGUGAAAUGGCCAGUUCUACCAGCACACUGAUAGAUCACUCUUAACCUUGUCCAAAUAGCACCUAUUUAAAGAGGCUGAUAAAUGGACUGCUGAACUAUAAUAUCUAAAUAAAUUGUUUAAAAUAAUGUA